AUGAGUCUGUCCUCGUCUUCUGGGUGUCCGGCGUGCGCAGGGCGCUUCCCGUUUUUCAAAUGGAAGGUGGGUCGUCGGCUGAUGCUGCGGCACAGUUGUUGGCAUUGCAAAGUAGACUUCUGCGACGGAUGUUUAGUGAAAGAGGGGAAGCUGAGGUGGUGCGAAGCCUGUCGCGUUUUGGUGAGGACACCGCACAACCGCGCCGCCGUCCAGCGCCUGCCUGUCCACUGCCUUCGUGCCUUCCUGGAGAGAAAGCACGUGUCGACGAGAGGCUGUGCGGAAAAGAAAGAGCUGGUUGACUUAAUCUACAAUCAUUUCGGUCAACGGUACGAGCAUGAGUUGAGGAGCGACGGCAUCCGGGUCUACGCUGCGGAUGCCGUCGUAGCAGACGAGCAGGUCUCUGGUGACGAUGACAAUUCCCCCUCCAUCGAUGGAAACACAAUGAACGACUGCUUUGCGUUGCCCAGUGACGUCGCAAACCCCGUCACGGAGACCGGAUUGGAUGCAACUGCGGUGUCGGCACUCGUACGCACCGACUCUGCGGCGAACCCGGACUCGACAAGCUUGAGUGAAAGUAGGCGAUUAAGACGGUUUCCGUCAGUCUCGGAUUUGGAGACGGAGGAAGAUGUUGGGGGUCUGUCGGUGCGGGAGUGUAAAGAACUGCUGGCGCUGUAUCGGGUGGACUUCCGUGGUGCGUGUGAAAAGUUCGAACUGGUAGAGCGAGUGCGGGAGUUGUGGCGAGAUCGGCAAGCAGCCAAAGCUGAAGCUGACCAGUUGGCGGAGGAGGACUUGUGCAAAGUCUGCAUGGAUGCAAGGAUUGACUGCGUGCUGCUCGAGUGUGGUCACAUGACCACGUGCACGCUGUGCGGCAAGAAGAUGAACGAGUGCCCCAUUUGUCGUCAAUUUGUCAUCCGCGCCGUGUCGAUAAUAGUGAGUGGCACGUGUACCGAGCCAAACAUGAGUCCCCGAUUCACGUGCGUCAAUUGUUUGGAGGACAUGAAGGUGGCUCGGCACGUACUGUGUGCCGAAUGUCCAGAGCAUCACCUGUGUAUUCCAUGUUUCAUUCACGGAGCUGAGCCGGGGAAGCACAAAAACACCCAUGCUUACCGCGUGAUUGAUGAUGGGAUGUUGCCGGUGUUUGAGGCACCAUGUGCGCGGGAGACUGCAGCCGAAGGAGAAGAAGAGGAUAGGACAGACUGGAUGGGCUGGGAAGAGAUCCGUCUUCUCAAGGCCAUGGAGCAGUAUCAGUAUGGCAACUGGAAGGACGUGGCGGCCGUGCUGCAGACGCGCUCGCCGGAAGAAUGCGAGGCUCACUAUGUGCAUUGUUACAUAAAUGGCAAUCUUGGCACAGCUACUUGGGGGGUUGUGCGCGAAGCUUGCUCGGACCUCGGUGUUGUUGACCACACUGCCCCGUCCACCGAGGUUGUGAUGGACGAAAGUGACAUGACGGCCUUGCCACUGGCUACCAUCAACGAUCAGGAUGCCUUGGCGCUUGGCUUUCUCAGACGGCGACAGGACUUUGAAUUGGAGUACAACAACGAUGCGGAGAAGCUGAUUUCAAACUUGCAGUUUGAUCCAAUGGACGACGACUUGGAAAAGCAAUUGAAGCUGGUCAAGGUGGACAUGUAUUACAGGCAACUGGUUGAGCGCAACACUAGGAAGCGCGUGGCUCUUGAAUACCGACUAGUGGAAAGUUUUUGCGCCAAAAACCCAUCCAAGAUUGGAAUGGGGCCAAGUAUGACGCCAGCUUCGGCACCAACUGCGAACAGUGCGGGUGCACAAUUCUCGUCGAAAUCCCUGCAGCCACUCAAGAAAAAGUGGCUCCUCAAGGAAGGGGAAAAUGCCAAGAAGCUGAGGCCGCUUUCACGGCUGCUCACUGCGAAGCUCAUGGACAUUCUCCUGCCAUCGUUACUCCAGGAGGAGAUCCUGCGCUGUCGAAUGCAAGAAGUGGCCAAGUAUAGAGCCCUUGGAUUCCGCACGUUUGACGAGUGCUAUGGGUUCGAAGCGGAUAGCUUGCGGGCCACAAGGAAACGGUCGGCGUCGGUUAGUGAACAGCAGGCGCCAGCCCGGUUGCUGGGUCGCGGGCCGCCCGCUUCCGCCUCCAAAGCAGAUGGACAGAUUUGCACGAGUGCUGCAACCCUCUCGCCCCUGUCGUCCCCAUCAUCCUCGCCACCGCCGGCGCAGCUCCAUCAUGCCAGCAAGCGAAAAAAGUUCAUGGUGGACGGUGGGAAACAUUUGCGCAAUAUAUGCUUCGAUGUGCCGAAGGAGGAGAGCAUGGUAGCUGCGGGAGCGGGCAAGUUGUCUCCUUCAGUGAUGGGGGCGGACGAAACAGGGAUGAUUGCGAGUGUCGCCGGCGAAAUUAAAGGUUGUUCGUGGGACUUCCAAGCGGCGUACCUGCGUUUCUUGGAUGCACGAAUUAGUGCAGGGACAUCUGCCAGUGCGGACAGUCGGCGACGAACGAGAUCGACGAGGCAGCCGUGCUCUCUUCGCGGGGGACAAGGCAGCAGCCUUGUGCGAUUCUGCGUGUAUCCCAGACCCUGUGUAGCCAAGUCGGCGACCGGCCGAGCAAAACAGGUUGGCAGCGGCGGCCGCGGGAGGAGUACGUCUACGGCCACCCAAAAAUGCCAGGAAAUGAUGCCCGUGCUUGGCAAAGAGAGCCGAAAUGAUCUCGUUAGAGGACUCGUGAAUGAUGGCGGCGACGAUCUAAGAGAGUUGAAGGAGGCUGGAAGAGAUAAUGAUGAAGAAUCGUGCUGGGUGUCCAAAGUUGUUGGCGAUUCCCAUUUGUUGUGGAUGCCGCGGCUCGUGAAGCCGGCGUCGUCUGUGGCCCGGUUGACGUGGUCGAAUGCGAGCUACAAUGCGGCGAUUGAGUGCGCUGCCCUGCGUCGAGCCAUGCUGCAGGGUUGAGAGAACUCUCGCGUUCUCUCUUUCUUCAUGUUCGUGUGCGUGCUCGCUUUCAGAGCAUGGUGCACUCGUGAUGUCUUCUUGUCUGCGCGUGUGAUGUGUAUCACUGUUCAGUAUUGCGUUCAUCUUUGUAACGGUGCGACCCCA